CUCUCUCUCUCUCUCUCGACUUUUCUUGUUUUUUUACCGUCUUUUUAUUGCAUUCUGUGGAUAUAUCUGUCAGCAAGACAACCCGGAAAUGUGUGAUAAAAAAAACAAGAACAGAAAAACAGAAAUACCCACAAACAGAAAGGUCUUUCUCUAGUCUCUCCUUUCCUUUUGAUCUCUAAAAAUGAAAAAAAAGAAGAAGCACAAAACCCAAGAUUUUAUAGGCUUUUCAUUAAGUGAUCAGAACAGCUGAGUAAUCGCUUUCUCCUUUCCGGUCCUCUUCCUAGCAAGCAACCUAGCGUGUUUUAUGUGCUGCGUUGUUGCGGUAGUACUGACAAUAGCUUCUUAGGCUCACAGCAGCUGAUGUGUAGUGUUGUUGUGCCUAUAGCUAUACUACUUCUUGAAGUAUCACAGCCUGUCUUGAUUGGUUGGUUCAUGGUUGGUUCUUUCUACUUAUUGUUUCUCUUGUAAAUUUCACCAUUUAACGCCUUUUUAGAAACUCCCAACAAAAAACCCCGAAAAAAGAAGAAGUAAAAACCAAGCUCAACCGUGUUAUGUCCACGUGGUUUUACUUUAAUGCCUAUAAUUAAGUACAAUUCUAGGUGUCGUUCUUUUCAAAAAUUCAAUUCUUUGGCUUAAAUUUGGUUUCGUUUUAUAACGUUUGAUUCUUUUGAAAUUUGCUCCCUUGGUUAAGUUUCGUUUCUCAAACCAGUGUCUCAUUAAGCUUUGCUGCUUCUUUUUGUUUUUUUCUUUGGCUUUGUGUUGCAGAGGGAAAGGAAAGACUGCUGCUUUGCUGCUACAUUAUAAUCACAGCACACAAAAGAGAACGAGGCUAGCAGUAUUUGUAGCUAAAACAACAGCCAACACUAGUUUUCUUGUUUAUUGGACCUAGCAGCCACUCGUGUUUGAUGCUUGCAAAAUAAAAAAAGUGUGCGCGUUGACUCUUGAGGUGCUGCAAUACAUAAUUAAAGGAGGGGGCGGUGAUUGAUAGUGGUUUUUGCAGUGGAGGUCUUGGUUACUUUGCAUGAAUAUCAAGUGGAACUCGGUCCGUGAAUUGUGCCAUUGGUGGGUUUAUAUAGGUGGUUGUUAGUACUUGAUAUGGUUAACUAGAGAAGGGCGUGUUGAGGACAGUGGUUUUUGAUGUGGAAUAUUGGUCUCAAGUACCUGAAGAGAUGCUGAGCUCUGAUGAAGGAAAGCGUGAUCUGUUCUAUGAUUCUGUGGAUUACUUCGAAUCGGGUUGUGAUCAAUUGGAGUAUGAUAUUUGGUUGACCGAGCCACAAAGUGUUGAGGAGAGACGCCAAGGUUUUCUACGCGGAAUGGGUCUAGAUGGGUUUGCUUCCAAGAGGCAUGAGAACACUGGGUUGGAGAGGAUCACUGAAUACAGUGGGGCUGUAUCAAGUACUUCAGUUCCAUGUACAAAUGUUGAAGAGGUAAAUAUGGUUAGUUGCAGUGCUGGUAGAGAGGAAAAUUCUGAAGCCAAUUGUGUGGUUGAUCAAAUGAGUAAAGACAAGAUGGAUAAAUCGGAUGUAGCUUCUGAAAAUGAGAAUAUUGGACCUUUACUCGAUUUGCAAGGAUGGGAACAAUGUGAAGAAGAAAAAUGUAAAAAGUGUGAUUCAGGAAAAAGUAAAAUGAAGAGUUGGUGGAAACACUUUUUAAAAAAGAGCAAGGAGGAAAGAGUAGGUAGAUGUGUAUCUGGGGUAUCGAAGUCGGAUACUGAAGCACCAAAAACUAACAGAACGAAGGUGAAGCAGAACAGAAAGGGUUGCAUGGAGUUUACAGGGGUAUAUAUGGGACAGGAAAUUCAAGCUCACAAGGGCUUCAUUUGGACAAUGAAGUUUAGUACAGAUGGGCAGUAUUUGGCAACUGGGGGUGAAGAUAGGAUUAUACGCGUUUGGCGUGUUACAUUGGUGGAUUCAUCUUGCAAGUCUUUCCUAUCUGAAGGACAUUGUGAUAGCAAUCUGAAAGAAGCCAAGUCUAAUAAUUUGAGCACAAAGAAAAGAGUGUAUUCAUCUAUAGUCAUUCCUGAGAAGGUUUUCCAGAUUGAAGAGACACCAUUGCUGGAAUUUCAUGGUCAUGCCAGUGAAAUUUUAGACUUAGCAUGGUCUGAUUCAAACUAUCUCCUUUCAUCUUCAAUGGAUAAAACUGUUCGUUUGUGGAGAUUGGGUUGCAACCAUAGUCUGAACAUUUUUCGCCACAGUAAUUAUGUAACAUGCAUUCAGUUCAGUCCUGUUGAUAAAAACUAUUUCAUUAGUGGCUCCAUCGAUGGAAAAGUUAGAAUUUGGGGAGUGCCUGAGAAGCGAGUUGUUCACUGGACAGAUGUACGAGAUGUAAUAUCUGCCAUAAGUUACCAGCCAGAUGGGAGAGGGUUUGUAGUUGGUACCAUUAAAGGCACUUGCCGUUUCUAUGAAGUAUCAGGUACUGAUCUCCAGCUCGAGGCAGAAGUUCAUAUUCAAGGCAGAAGGAGAACCUCUGGCAACCGAAUAACUGGCAUUCAGUUUUCCCAGGAAAUAUGUCCAAGGGUUAUGAUCACAUCUGAAGAUUCUAAAGUUCGUGUAUUUGAUGGGGUUGACAUCGUUAAUAAAUUUAAAGGUCCUCCAAAGUCAGGAAGUCAGAUGUCGGCUUCGUUUACUUCAAAGGGGAGACAUAUAAUCUCGGUUGGAGAGGACUGUCGUGUUUAUGUAUGGAACUAUGAUGGCUUGUGCACCUCAUGGUCUAAACACAUAAAAUCUGUGAAGUCCUGUGAGUUUUUCUUCUCUGAAGGCGUGUCUGUUGCAGUGCCUUGGUCAGGCACGGGAACAGAAGUGAGAGGCCUGGGUAGUAGAAGAAGUUUAACAGAGGAGACUGCUUCGUCGAGGAAAGAUUCAGAACGGUUUUCUCUCGGUAGUUGGUUCUUCAUGGACGGUCGAUGCAGGGGAAGCUACGCAACAUGGCCUGAGGAGAAACUCCCUAUGUGGGAUGUACCAGUUCUAGAUGCUGAAUAUCAAAAUCAGCAGAUCAAAAACCUUCAUGAACAGCAGUGCGUUAACACCAAUGACCACAUCUCUUUAUCAGAAGCAUGGGGGCUCGUGAUUGUGACUGCAGGAUGGGAUGGAAAGAUCAGGGCUUUCCACAACUAUGGAUUGCCCAUCAUGCUCAACUAGAUUCAAGCAAUCUUCCUGGUCUUGCUAAUGAGCCUUGUGUCGCCAGAUGACAUAUGGUGUCAUCCAAAUUUGGGCCAACUUGUGAUUUAGCCAGGUCCAUCUUAGUCUGCAGGUAUAACGAUCAUGAUUUGCAGCUUUAAAUGCAAACCCCACGACAUCUAUUGUAAAUGUUCCCUAGUCUAGUUCUUGUUCUCGGCCUUGUUCUCGAUAGAGAACAUCCUCAAAUCACCAGCAGAAAGAGUCACUUGACAUGCUUUGUAACUUGCAUGCCAUUAGGAUUCUGUGGUCACAUGCUGCUCAUCGAGUCAUGCCACAGUUUUUUUUCUUAAAAAUCUAUUCACUCCCUAUUUAUGAAUGAUUAGCAUGUAUAUGAUAU